CUUUUCCAGGUUCAAUCUAGGUGUAUGCUUCGAUAUGAACUCAUUCGUAGUAGAUAAGGUAACUGAACGCUUACCUACCGUGUCGGUUAAUAAUUUAGCCUUAAUUAAUUUUAAUAAUUUACCUCUGGCUGACGAUAGUUACUCUAUUCCAGGAGACAUUGAUUUGCUAGUUGGAGCUUCAGUCUUUCCUCACCUUCUUUUGUCCCACAAGGUUCAAGGUCAGCCUGAUUCCCCUUCACCCGUCGCUCUAGAAACAGUUCUAGGUUAUGUCAUCGUCGGUUCUGCCCCUGCUUGUAUUGAUAAUUGCUUGUCAGUAUCGAAUUGUUGCUCAGAAGAUCCGCUUGAUGCUGCCGUGCGGAAAUUUUGGCAGAUAGAAGAGAUAGAUGCUCCGCAUCCAAUGUGCCCAGAUGACGCGGCAUGUGAAGAAAUUUAUAGUAAAACUACUACCCGCCAGGCAGACGGUCGUUACGAAGUCGCACUACCAUUCAAAGGAGAUGUUUUGUCAUUAGGGGAUUCACUGCAAAAGGCAACAACGCGCUUCUAUUGCUUAGAACGUAAAAUGUUAUCUUCGCCUAAGCUCAAGGAAGCUUACGAUAGUGUCAUACUCGAGUAUUUAGAAAAGGGGUAUAUUUCGCCAGUACUUCCAGAUACGGACGCAACACAGAGCUUACGGUCGUAUACCAUUUCGCAUCAUGGAGUUAUAAGAGAGGACAAGGUUACGUCAAGGUUACGCGUUGUCUUAGACGCUAGUGCUAAAACUACUACACAAGUAUCUCUCAAUGAUAUUUUAUACAGUGGUAAGAAUCUUCAAGGAAACAUAUUUAAUAUUAUGGUCAAUUUCCGCCUAUACCGCAUCGCUUUUUCCGCUGACAUACGUCAAAUGUUCCUUUGUAUUGGGAUUCGGCCAUGUGAUCGCAGAUUUCAACGUAUUUUAUAUCGCUUUUCCCCGCAAGAACCUUUGAAGACAUAUGAAUUCAACCGCGUUUGCUUCGGAUUAACGUCUAGUCCAUUCCACGCACUUCGUACUGUUAAGCAGCUACUUUCGGACGAAGGUGCGUCUUUCCCGCGAGCAAAGGAGACUGUCGAUACAGGUUUAUAUACAGAUGACUUUGUGUAUAGUGUCGAUAGUGAUGAAGAAGCUAUUAGUACCGCAGCCGAAGUAAUUGCUCUUUUUAAGGCAGGCCAGUUUGAUCUCGUAAAAUGGACAUGCAACUCACAAAGGGUUUUAGACUCCAUUCCGCCGUCUCAUCGUCUCUCUUCAGUUAAGGAGUUCGAUGAUUCUGAACCACAUAAAGUACUAGGCUUAUGUUGGUCUCCCGCUACAGACUGCUUUGGUCUUAAAAUUAGUACACCCGCAGAGUCUUGUACAAAGCGCACUAUUUUGUCUUGUGUUGCUAGAAUAUGGGACGUUAUGGGUUUCGUAGCUCCUGUAGUCCUAUACGCAAAACUUCUCAUUAAACAACUUUGGUUAUGUGAAUGUGAUUGGGAUGACAUACCACCUGAACAUAUUCUCCAACAGUGGUAUCGUUUCAAAGAGGAACUUCCUUUACUUAGCAAAAUAAAGAUUCCACGGCAUGUAGGCAUCUUUGCUGGUGACAUUAUAAACAUAGUGGGAUUUGCAGAUGCAAGUGAAAAGGCCUAUGGUGGCGUAGUUUACUUCCACGUUAGAGAUAGUGUCGGUCUGCGUGAGAAUGAAUUUCAUUUGAUAAUUGCUAAAUCGAAAGUUUCGCCUCGUAAAGUCAUAUCACUCGCACGUUUAGAGCUUUGUGCAAUCCUUGUAUUAAGUAACUUGAUUACCAAGGUAAUGGAAGCUUGCAAUAAUCUGCUUCGUAACAAGCAGUGGUUCGACGACCCCAAAAGGCCAAUAGAAACCGAGUAA